AUGGACGCCGGGCUUUCCGAGGAAAACCACAAAACUCUCUUCUGGAGGGAGCGGGGAAAACUGCGGACUAAAGGGUGGGGCUGGGAGACCCCCCCACCCCCCCCGCUCAACCGAGAAACCUCCGCCCGCCUCCUCCCGGGUCACGGGCCCGGCGCGUGCCUCCUCCUCCGGCCUCCUUCUGGUUUCCCCCAUUGCCCGCCAGAGGGAGCCCGCGGCCGCUCCUCCCGGCCCCCGCCGUCCUUGCUGCUUCCCCGACUCCCCGCCAGAGGGAGCCCGCGGCCGCUCCUCUCCGCCCCCGCCGUCCUUCCCGCUUCCCCGACUCCCCGCCAGAGGGAGCCCGCGGCCGCUCCUCCCGGCCCCCGCCGUCCUUCCCGCUUCCCCGACUCCCCGCCAGAGGGAGCCCGCGGCCGCUCCUCCCGGCCCCCGCCGUCCUUGCUGCUUCCCCGACUCCCCGCCAGAGGGAGCCCGCGGCCGCUCCUCUCCGCCCCCGUCGUCCUUCACGCUUCCCCGACUCCCCGCCAGGGGGAGCCCGCGGUCGCUCCUCUCCGCCCCCACCGUCCUUCCCGCUUCCCAGACCCCCCGCCAGAGGGAGCCCGCGGCCGCUCCUCUCCGCCCCCGCCGUCUUUCCCGCUUCCCCGACUCCCCGCCAGAGGGAGCCCGCGGCCGCUCCUCCCGGCCCCCGCCGUCCUUGCUGCUUCCCCAGCUACCCGCCAGAGGGAGCCCGCGGCCGCUCCUCUCCGCCCCCACCGCCCUUCCCGCUUCCCCGGCUACCCGCCAGAGGGAGCCCGCGGCCGCUUCUCCCGGCCCCCGCCGUCCUUCCUGCUUUCCCAGCUACCCGCCAGAGGGAGCCCGCGGCCGCCCCCUCGGCCCCCGCCGUCCUUACUGCUUCCCCAGCUACCUGCCAGAGGGAGCCCGCGGCCGCUCCUCCCGGCCCCCGCCGUCCUUGCUGCUUCCCCGACUCCCCGCCAGAGGGAGCCCGCGGCCGCUCCUCCAGGCCUCCGCACUACCCGCCAGAGGGAGCCCGCGGCCGCCCCCUCGGCCCCCGCCGUCCUUCCUGCUUCCCCGCCUCCCCGCCAGAGGGAGCCCGCGGCCGCCCCCUCGGCCCCCGCCGUCCUUCCUGCUUCCCCGACUCCCCGCCAGAGGGAGCCCGCGGCCGCUCCUCCCGGCCCCCGCCCUACCCGCCAGAGGGAGCCCGCGGCCGCCCCCUCGGCCCCCGCCGUCCUUCCUGCUUCCCCGCCUCCCCGCCAGAGGGAGCCCGCGGCCGCCCCCUCGGCCCCCGCCGUCCUUCCCGCUUCCCCGACUCCCCGCCAGAGGGAGCCCGCGGCCGCUCCUCCCGGCCCCCGCCGUCCUUGCUGCUUCCCCGGCUACCCAUACCCGCCAGGGGGAGCCCGCGGCCGCUCCUCUCGGCCCCCCCCCGUCCUUCCCGUUUCCCCGACUCCCCGCCAGAGGGAGCCCGCGGCCGCUCCUCUCGGCCCCCGCCGUCCUUCCCGCUUCCCCGACUCCCCGCCAGGGGGAGCCCGCGGCCGCUCCUCCCGGCCCCCGCCGUCCUUCCUGCUUCCCCGGCUCCCCGCCAGAGGGAGCCCGCGGCUGCCCCUCCCGGCCCCGAACUUCCCGGGAGGCGGCGGGAGAAGCCAGACGAUCCAGGGAGAAGCCGACCGACCCUUCCCGCCCCUGCCCCUCCGAUACCGGGACACCGGGACACCGGGACGCCGGGACACCGGGAGACCCCCUCCUUUUCCCUCCCCCGCCCCGGUGGGACACAUCAGCUGA